AAGAAUAUUGAUGCUACACAUAUGAAUAUUGAUAGUCAAGAUACUAUUGACGCUUACAAUGACUCUAGAAUUAAUGAGGAAAAAGCAUUAAUAGAAAGAUAUGAUAGAGAAUUACAGCAAAAAAAAAAUCAGACAAAUACAGGAUAAAAAAGAAGAGCAAGCCGAAAUGAGACGUACUUUAAGACUUAUGAAAUUCAAUCAUAGGAGAUCGGUAAUAAAUACAACAGAUAUUGUUGAUGAGGAAAUACGAAAAUUAGAAAAGGAGAUUAUUGAAGAAAGAGAAAAGAUUGCGGAUUACGAGUCCUUACUAGAAAACAAUACAUCAAAUGAUCGUUCAGAUACAUUAAAUAUUAGAGAUAUAAGUAUAGGAUUUAAAGCAAGAAUUGAUAAACUAUUAUAUGAUUCGAAUAUUGAUGAGUCACCGAGUACAGAAACAAAAGAAAAACAAGAACAAUCAGCAAGGGAUGUCUACAAAAAAUUAUUAGAUUUUAUUAUACAACACAAUAAUGAUGAUAGCCGUCCAACUGUUGUUAAUCUGGAAAUAUUUAAUGAACUAUUUCCAGAUAAUAAAGAAAUCAAUACGAACUUCUUUAAAGUAAACGAAGAAGCCAAUGUCUUGACAACUAUUUUACUUCAAUUAUACUCGAAUAAUAAUAUGACUUUAAUGGAUUUAACUGAAUUUAUUCAAAAUUAUGCAAAACAGCAUCACUUUUCAGAAGAAGAAGCUGUUCAGUCUAUUUAUAAACUAGUUGGACUUGAUCUUCUCGUUAUCGAUAGAACACAAAAUGACAGUAUUUGUACUUUGAAAUUUAAAUAAAACGUUUCAGAGGACAAAGGAUAGAUAUUCAAGUAAAUCUAAAGCUUUAUUAAGACAGAUGAACCUAUAUGAGAUUUGACUAUUAUUAAAGUGAAAUGUCUACACUGGGAUUUAUCA